UUGAGGUGUAGCCGCAGUUAGCUUGACGCUGCUCGGUCUGUGAUUUUAUACACAACUACAGGGAGAGGAAUGCAACAUUCCUAGCCAGCCGGACUGCAUCAUCCCAUCAUCUAAGAGUCUCCACACUAUGGCCGGCUUCAGGCAGGAGGAUGUUGAGUUGUAUUAUGAGAUGGGAGAGGAGCUGGGCAGUGGACAGUUUGCCAUCGUCCGUAAAUGUAAGGAGAAAAGCACCAGCAUUGAGUAUGCGGCCAAGUUCAUCAAGAAGCGGCGACUGUCGUCCAGCCGGCGGGGGGUGAGCCGUGAAGAGAUCGAGCGUGAGGUCAACAUCCUGAGGGAGAUCCAGCACAGCAACAUCAUCACCCUACAUGACAUUUUUGAAAACAAGACCGACGUGAUCCUGAUCCUGGAACUGGUGUCCGGAGGGGAGCUGUUUGACUUUCUGGCUGAGAAGGAAUCUCUGACUGAGGAGGAGGCCACGCAGUUUCUCAAGCAGAUCCUGGACGGCGUUCACUAUCUCCACUCCAAACGCAUUGCUCACUUUGACCUCAAGCCUGAGAAUAUCAUGCUGCUGGACAAGAACGUCCCCAACCCCAGGAUCAAGCUGAUCGAUUUUGGGAUCGCCCAUCAGAUUAAAGCAGGAAACGAGUUCAAGAACAUCUUUGGAACACCAGAGUUUGUUGCUCCAGAAAUAGUCAACUAUGAGCCACUUGGGCUGGAGGCAGAUAUGUGGAGCAUCGGAGUAAUCACAUACAUCCUGCUGAGUGGUGCUUCACCAUUUCUGGGCGAGACCAAGCAGGAGACUCUGACCAACAUAUCUGCUGUCAACUACGACUUUGAUGAGGAGUAUUUCAGCAACACCAGUGAGCUGGCAAAAGACUUCAUACGCCGUCUGUUGGUCAAGGAUCCCAAGAAGAGAAUGACCAUUGAUGACAGUCUUGAGCACCCUUGGAUUAAGGUGAUCAAGAGGCGUAACGUACGUCAAGAGGACAGAGACCACAAACCUGAGCGCCGGCGUCUGAAGACCACUCGCCUGAAGGAGUACACCAUCAAGUCUCACUCCAGCAUGCCUCCCAACAACACCUAUGUCAACUUCGAGCGCUUCUCCCAGGUGCUCGAGGAGAUCGCAGCUGCAGAGGAAGGCCUGAAGGAGCUGGAGCGCAAUCAACGCUCUUGCCGGGAGGACGUAGCAGCGCUGCUGUCCAUAUACGAGGAGAAGGAGGGUUGGUACAAGGAGGAGAACCAGAGCAUCUUCAGCGACCUGAGCCACAUCCGCCAAGAGCUGCAGCGCACACAGGCUCAGCGCAAGAAGUGCCAGGAGGAUGCCCGGCACACCAUGCAGGCAGCCAACAUCCUUAAGCGCAAAUUUGGGCGCCUGGAAAACCGCUACGAGGCUCUGGCUGAGCAGGUGGCCUCUGAGGUCCACUGGGUGGAGGAGCUGGUAAAGUCAAUAUCGGUGGAGAGGGACGGCCUCAGCUCUGGCAGCAUGCCCUGAGCUGGGCCGAGAUCCACAAAUGACGUUAUUAUAAUUCUCAAGUAUCCACCUGCCCGUCUUCUCUGCCUGUGUGGUGCACAGUGGAGUUUGAGUGGGUCAGUUGUCAUCAUAAGCUAUGCUGCUGCUGCCCAUCAGAAUACACGUUCCACUAUUUUUAUGUCACGCUUGGGAGAAGGAGCGAGAAGUAGAGAGGUCAUAUGCUGAAGACAUUCCCCAGUGAAAUGGCUCAUUCCUGUGUUUUAUAAUUUAUUUCAGAAUUUAGCAAUUUUAUGUACUGUCAUUCAGCUGUAAUCGUUAAAUAUGUUGGCUUCUUUUGCAGAUAGACAUAUUGUCAUUAAUUUUUGCUUUAGUCUGGUUAUCAUUUUUAAAACAAAUCUUAAUUUCCUAGAGCUUGAAAAGACAUAAAUGUUCCUGCCUCAGGUUGCUGGCCAGCAGUGUGAGAAAGUUUCACAAAAUAUGCCAUAUUAUAGCGGUUUGUGUGGCAUUCCAGGAGAAUUUAUUCAUGUGGUUAAAUGCAUUUUACAUUUGAGUUCAGCUGACCUUAAAAAUUACCUUAUAUCUGUGGACAGAUUGUUGACUUUAAACAAUGCAAUAAGCACUAACUCAGCACAGUACAAAAGGACAUUUUACAGUAGCAAGUUAUUUUACAUAUCUGGUAUUUUCAGAUAUGUUUUUUUUUAAUGUUUCUUGGAUGCAAACAUUUAGAUUGUAAUACUAAUUUCAGGUAAAAUAGAGAAGCAUAUGAGAUUGUUUAAUUAGUUUUCAUUUUUGAUUACUUGGAAAAAGUGACUGGAAAUUUUUUUCCUUUAUAUAUACUGAGUUGUUUAGCUAUCCUGAUAUCCUCUCAAGUUAGCUUAGUUUAACAUUUAGAACUGACUGGAAAUGUAUUUUCUGAUCAUCUGAUUACUAUUUGACCUAUAAUUAGCAUCAAAUUACGUGUUUGUUUUUUUCACAGGAAAUAUCCCAGAAAAUAGCAAGAAAGUUAAUUUAUGAUUUUGUAGAGCAAUGACAGAUUUGGGAAUGUAUAAAGUUGUCUUUCCAGUGCCUGUAAACUGAUUGACCUCAUUGCUUCUGUGAGCACUGGUCUGUCAUUAUUAUUUCUAAUGUCUUAAAACGCAGCAACUUUUGCACAGCAGCCUUGGAAACCAAAUAGUGUGCAUGGAAACAUUCUCUGUAUACUGUAACUGUGUCGAUGUUUGCGUUCAGACCAUCUCUGCACACUUGAAACGUUCCAUUGAUAAGUUUCACAUCCAGCCAACACAUUCCCUAUGUAUAGCAUAGAAAGCAUAUUGUAGUCUGUAGUAUUUUUCAGUAGAGAUAUGUACUCAUUUGCACUUAAAUGAUUAUAGCAAUGUUCAAAAAUAUGUUUUAAUCUGUCUCUUGGAGUAAGAAAGAGCUGUAAAACUAAGUGUCUGGGCUUGUUACAAAUAAACAAAGUUAUCACUGAGACAA